AGCCAGCGAAGAUCAGAUUCUCUCUACAGAGAGCACAGAGAUCCGACCAUGGCCCCUACAAGCCCCGCAGCAAUUACCACCUCUCAGGAGCACCUGGCCCUGAACCACAAGCUCAGAAAGCCUCUGGUGGAGAAGUUACGCAGAGAGCGAAUCAACAGCAGCAUCGAGCAGCUCAAGUCUCUCCUGGGUCCAGAGUUCCUCAAGCAGCAGCCAGACUCCAAGCUGGAGAAAGCAGACAUCCUGGAGAUGACCGUCUGCUUCCUGAGACGACUGCAGCAGCAGCAGCAGCAGCGUCCAGCUGUGGACUCAGUGGCUGUUGAUCAGGGCUACUCCAGAUGUGUUCAAGAGGUGGUGCACUUCCUGUCCAAAGACGAUCUGAGGACACAGUCCCAAAGAGGACUCCUGCACCACUUCAGCAAGCUGCAGUCCUCCUCUGAGAGGAGCCUGAAAGACAUUUCUCCUCUGAGCUCCACAGUCCAGGCUGCCAUUAAGAAAGAGAAGAGUCCGUCCAACAGCUCUCUCUGGAGGCCGUGGUGAAAAAUAAAGUCAGGCCCUGGAAAAACAAAGUUUCCGUACUUAUGCUCACCCUUAUGCUUCUCUUGUAUCUAAGAGCUAUUGUCUGUAUCACAGUAUUAUUUGUGGUGCCUUUUGUAAAGGCUUGACCAUGUUUUUCUUCAACAAGAAAUUCUGUAUUAUUUUGUUUUCGAAAUGUAGUCACUCGUUUGGAAGCUCGUAGUGUGUGACGUAAACAGCAUUAUUCUUAAUGUGAACACCCAAAUAAUGUUGGCAGUGCCGACAACAGUGUAUAAUUUGUUCCAUUUUUGGGGACCGUUUUGUUUUCAUGUUCAAACAUGUUUCAGAUUUGUAUGUUUCCCUUCUGAUUGAUCUGGCCUCGUUGGUUUUUGAAAAUCUUAAUGUCAUGCUUUUCUGUGUAGCAGAUGAGAUUCAAGACAAAUGUGCUGCUUUAUAACUCUGUGAGUGUCAGCACCCACACCUUCGAUGAAGGAAUCCUUAUUUGGCUAAUGUCUCAUGAUGAAUGUAUCUCUUCAAACCAAGUGAUGCGCAAUAAAACAAUCAGAAAAACAACAUA